AUGGCUUCUCCUUUACGUGGCUUUAGAAACCCACUACCAUGGUUUGCUAGUACUCUUGCUCCAUUGCUGAUUUCUGCUGGUUUUUUGGGGUUUGGGUUCUCUUCUUUGCUCCUUAUAUCUACAGUAUGGGUCCUGCCUUUCGUUUACUUCACAUUCUCAAAGCACAGACCAGUGGUGGAAGCUGAGAGCCAAGAAGUUUUCGGGUCCGACCAAGCAAGCUCAACGCAAAUGGAAGAUGUUGUGUCAAAACUUGAGCCAGCUGAGAGUGAAACUCAAACACAAAAGAGAGAAGCCCAAGAAAGUGCGAGCGAGAUUUAUGAACAGUACGCGCUAUCAGAGAGUGAAUGCCUCUAUCACUUAUCGACUAGUGAGGGAUCGGAAGUUGAGUGGCCGUUCCGAGAAGAUGUGGAUCAGAUCAGCUUAGAUUACUCCGACGGUUCAAUUUCUGACGAGGAAAGCCUCAUUGAAAUUGCUCUUCCAAGUGGGCAGUAUGUUGGUCAUAACGAAGAGAAGACAAAGGAUAACAAGCAGCAGAUCAAGGUGUCAGAUUUCUCUCAGGAAUCCAUUUUUCAGCCACAUACAUAUUGUCUGAUGGAGCUCCUAUCAGAGAUAAAUAAUGAGAUGAACGAGGAAGAUAAUAUGAUCGAGAUCGACAUAUCCAUGGGCUCCAUAAAGUGUUCAAGGUUUGAGAUUGAAGCUUGA